AUGACGACUGAGCCAGAUCUGCAGCCAGCAGCGUCACAUAUUCACCAAUGUCCUUCGCAGCUGUACGGUGCUUCGCAAUCUUUUCCGAGCCUAGACACUGCUGGUGCCACUGCAAAGUUGCCGUCGGAGAGAAGUUCGCAAGCACCAUCGCAAGCACCGUCGCAAGCACCGUCGCACGCACCGUCGCACGCACCGUCGCACGCACUGUCGCAUUCAAUAUUGCCAGUCAAGCUGUCGUCGCUUGUCACACCGCCCAGUCCUUCUCUUCAUGCGAAUUCCUCGUUAUGGCCUCGCUCGCUGCACGCACAGGUGCCGUUCGUCGCCCAAAUUCACACAUCAGGCCAACUCAACGCUAGUGCAGUUGCUAAUACCGCGGAUGUUACUGUCGCGGAAGCAAGUGCCCCCAGUGCCUCGCGGGAAGGGUUUGCGCUGUCGUUCCUGGGGCAAUGGCGGAAGGAAAACGCGGCGGAGAUCGGCUACCGCGUGGCGGAGCCUGCAUCGGCGCGCUUCAGAGGGGGAGCGGCGGGGGGAGCAGCGCAGGAGAGUGACGUCUGCGAAGCGGCGGGGGUAGAGAUCAAGGAGCAAGACGCGUUCGCUGUGGUUCAGGUGGGCUCACACCAGUUCAAGGUGACGCCAGGAGAUGCCAUCUACGUGGAGAAGCUCAACUUUGCCCAUGUUAACGACGUGAUUCAUUUGGAGAAGGUGCUUCUGAUUGGCUCUCCUUCCGAAUCUCUCAUCGGCCGGCCCACUCUCCCAGGCGCGUUUGUUUCAGCCCUUGUGGAAGAGCAUGCUCUUGACGCCAAGGUGAUAGUGUUCAAGAAGAAGAGGAGAAAGAACUACCGCCGCACCAACGGUCACCGACAGGAAUUGACUCGGCUUCGAAUUCUUGAAAUAGCUGGCAUGGAUGCUGCUGAGGAGAGGGCAAUUGAGGCACUUCCCCAACGAUGCGCGCCGUGCGACUGCGACUUAGCGCUAAGUCUCACAGGCGGAGGCGGAGGCGGCGCCGCAACUCAGUCAUGCUCUGAUUGGACAUCAACCAGCAGAGUCACUCCGGCAGUGCAAAAUGACGGUGAUAGCAGCUUGUCGCCGCGAGACAGUGUUGAGGACGCGUGGGCGUUUACUAAGUGGACGCCCCGCGUUUCCCCGUGUCUUGUAGCGGGGCUGCCUAUAGAGGAGCUAGACGCGCACCUGAACUUCCGCCGCGGGUGGACCCUGGGCUUCGUGGACAACGUGGAGGACAAGACGCAGAUCUUACCAUUCCUACGAGCCAACAUGGAUCCCACCUUGCACACCAGGAAACGGAGGGUGCUCAUAGACCUUGGAGCUAAUGAGUUUGAGACAAGUGUCACCUGGUUCCUUCGAAUGUACCCCCUCGAUUUCACCGAGAUUCAUGCGGUGGAAGUGCAAACUGACCUGUUCCAGAAGCCAUCUACACCUCCCCUUGAGGUACCAGCCAAUGAGAUCGACUCGCAAUCUCGCCUGCGUCCAUUCGGCAGGGGCCCUGCAGGCUUCCCUGCAUGGCUGAUGCAACGCAUCCACCCCUACAACUUCUUCAUUUCUUCCCAAGACAACCCAAAAGAGAACACUAUGAACGUGACUCGAUGGCUGUUAGAUGAUCUGAAAUUGACAGAGGAGGACACGGUGAUCAUAAAGAUGGACAUAGAGGGGGCGGAGUGGGCGGUGCUGCACGAGUGGUUGGCCAUCCCCCACAUGCCUGCCAUCGUGGACGAGCUGUUUGUGGAGGUGCACUACCACCACGCCUCCAUGGAGGCCUUCACGUGGAGGCCCGAGAAGUUCAACCGCACACUCGAUGAGACAACAUGGUUGUUGACCGACUUGAGAAGAGCCGGGUUUAUGUACACCCUUGGCCUUAGAUUAUGUGUGCAAGUGCAACAACCCUACCAGAUACAGUGUGAGGAUUGGUUGGUAGCAGGGCCCCAGAUUCACUUUUAG